UGUCCAAUGUAUUUAUGUUUUGAUACAGGGUUGGAAUUAAAAAAAAAAGAUUACUGGUACAAAGGGCCAGUUCAAGUAAAAAAUUACUGGUCCUGUAAACAGUUCGAAGUGCACUGGUCCAGAUAACGAGGGCUGCAGGCUUGAGCGAACGCCAAAGUGUUAUUAGGAAUUCAAGGACAGACUUGAUGAGGUUGUUACCGUGACAUAAACUUUAUGAAGCAUUCCACCCAUUGGAUACUUCAUAUCCUGGAAUGAUGGAUUAUGGAUGAAGAGUAAACAAUAAAGUUUGAAUUUAAAUCUGUCAUUCAUCACAGGUUUGAAGCAUCAGAACUCAAGAUGUUGUGUCGAAGAAAUGUUGAGCGAUUGAAGAUGAUGUUUCAUCGUUGGCCAUCAUACAGCUCACGACCAUGGCCAAGGUCCAUACGCAAAAUUAUGUCAAUAGGGAUAUUUAUAGUUAUAGUUGUGGUAAUUAUUUUAUCUUAUCAACUAAAGAUCAUUGGUAAUAGUCGUCGGAGAGUGAACCCACCUCAACCUUCCAUUACUUGUCGAUUUGAUCAUUUUCAUAAAUCAUUAGUCAAACCGAAGAACCAUAGCUCUCGUGAUAGCAGACAUAUAUCAAAGCGUGUGUUAGUACUAGUGGAAUCCCCGUAUACCAGUCUGGCAAAACAUAUCAUUACUGUGUUAGAGGCAGCUAGGAUUGAAUAUAAAAUUGAAAACACUGGCAGGAACUUGCCAACAUUGACACACUUUGAUAAAAGUAAAUUUGGUGUGAUCAUUUUAGAAAACUUGGAGGCAUAUGUCAAUAUGGACAACUGGAACAGACAGCUGAUUGACAAAUAUUGUCGCGAUUACAAAGUGGGCAUGAUAAUCUUUGUUCAUUCUGUGGAUGAAUAUGGAAUAGAUAGAGAAAAAGUGCCUGGGUUUCCUUUAAUAUUGAGGUACAAUAUGGCUUUAAAAGACUACACACUGAAUUUGUUUAGUGACAUUUGGAGGAUAACACGUCCUGGAGAGAUUUGGGAGGGAACACUGCAGCAAGAUGACUGGACAGUGUUUGACUUCAAUCACUCCACAUAUGAACCUCUGGCUUAUGCGAAAGCAGCUCCUCCACCCUUCCUGGACGCAGGAUAUGUGAUGGACAAUCGGACACUGGUCAGCGUGUUGCAGGACCGCGGCACAUUCGAUGGUAUACAGAAGGUGUUCUUUGGUAACGGUCUGAAGUUCUGGUUGCACAUCCCCGUCCUGCUGGAUGUGCUUUCCUACCUGUCUCAUGGCAAGCUCAGUCUUCCAUUGGAGCGGCACAUCCAGAUUGAUGUGGAUGAUAUAUUUGUCGGGAUCACUGGCACUAGGAUGACGCCGGUCGAUGUGGAGGCUGUGGUGCAAGCUCAAGAAAGACUUCAGCAGCAGGUUCAAGGGUUCAAGUUCAACUUGGGGUUCUCUGGAUGGUUCUACCAGCAUGGCAACUCACAGGAAAAUGAAGGCGACAGUAAAAUAUUAGAACACAGACACAAGUUUUGGUGGUUUGGUCACAUGUGGAGACAUGAACAGGCUCACAAAUUUACACAGGAUCAUCUUGAACGGUCUAUGCUGCUUAACUACCAGUUUGCGAAGAAUCAUGACAUCCCCAUCUACCAGCAGUACGCUGUUGCACCCCAUCACUCGGGGGUGUACCCUGUCCAUGAACCACUCUACCAGUCUUGGAAGAACGUGUGGGACAUACGGGUAACCAGUACAGAGGAGUACCCACGACUCUACCCCGCCUGGAGGCGCAGGGGCUUCAUACACAAAGGAAUUAUGGUUUUACCUCGACAAACCUGUGGGCUGUUUACACAUACACUCUUCCUGGACAAGUAUCCUGGUGGCAGACAUCACCUGGAUAACAGUAUACAAGGAGGGGAACUCUUCCAGACAUUCCUGUUUAAUCCUAUAAACAUCUACAUGACCCAUAUGGGGAAUUAUGCCAAUGAUAGGCUGGCGCUCUACACGUUUGAGAGUGUGAUCAAGUUUGUGCAGUGCUGGACCAAUCUGCAGCUGAAGCAGGUGCCCCCUUUAGAGCUUGGCAUUAAGUAUUUUGAGAUGUACCCAGAGGAGAGGGAUCCCCUGUGGCAGAAUCCAUGUUUAUACAAGCGUCACCUAGCUAUAUGGUCCACCAACAAGAGCUGUGACAGACUACCAAAAUUCCUCGUCAUUGGUCCCCAAAAGACAGGGACGACAGCUCUCUAUACAUUCCUGUCCCUCCACCCAGCCAUCCUCAGUAACUACAACAGUCCAGAUACAUUCGAGGAGGUGCAAUUUUUUAAUGGCAACAACUAUUAUAAGGGAAUUGACUGGUAUAUGGAGUUCUUUCCUAUCCCACCAAAUGCCACAUCAGAUUUCCUAUUUGAAAAGAGUGCUACAUAUUUUGACAAUGAACUUGUACCAAUGAGGGCACAUGGUCUGAUUCCAAAAGCCAAACUCAUCUGCAUAUUGAUCCACCCAGCCAAACGGGCUUACUCAUGGUACCAGCAUAUACGUGCCCAUAAUGACCCUAUAGCACUAAACUACACUUUCCUGGAGGUUGUCACUGCUGAUGAUUCAGCCCCUCGCAAACUCCGAGACCUCAAAAACCGAUGUCUCGCUCCUGGCAUCUAUGUCCAACACUUGUCCCGAUGGUUGGACUAUUUUCCAGCUCGUCAAUUGUUCAUCAUUGAUGGUGAAUGGCUGAAGAGUCACCCUGUCGCUGUCAUGCACAACGUCCAAAGAUUUCUACACAUCGAGCCUCAUUAUAACUACAGUCAGCUAAUAAGGUUUGAUCCAAAGAAAGGGUUCUACUGUCAGAUUCUCUCAGAAGACAAAAACAAGUGUUUGGGCAGAGGAAAAGGACGACUCUACCCGAACAUGAGCAAGGAGGUCACAGAUUACCUGAGACAGUUCUAUAGGAAACACAAUGUUGCUUUAUCAAAGUUUCUCAAGAAAAAUCAGUACCGCAUACCAGAUUGGUUAGAGGAGGAACUGAGUCACUGACUAACAAGGCAUUAAUAGUAUCACAGCCAAUUGACGUCUCAGCAACCUGUUGUAAUGCUCAAACUCAUACAACCAUCCUGUGUAAAGGUUGGGUAGGUCCUCAUAUGAAAUGUGGUGCCGUAUUUACUAACAACAUUCGUUGUUAUACUAUGUGUUUUUGUGAAUUUGACCAUUUCUUUGAUUCUGACUGCUUAAAAACUCUCCUCACUAGAAAUGGAAGUAAUAUCCAGGCUUACAUGACAUUAGUUAGAUCAUACUUGACAUAUCUCUACGUAAAUUUCACUCCUAUGGUACCAUGAAACAUAUUAUUCAGCUUGUUUUGAAUCUUAAAUUUCAUUAUGUUAAUCACUGUGAUAGGAUACUAAUUAUAUCAAAUAAACAUUUGUUUCAUUAAAGUAUGUUUUUGGUAAUCUGAUGUUCAAUGUGUAUGCAGAAUGGGCUGGUACCCGUGCAUAUGUAGGCACCCUUUUGUAAAGACCUUAGAUUGGUGAAUAGCUGUUAUUGUAAGCAAAUCAUGUCUCACAUUAUUAAGUUGCUUUGGUGCUGGGUUAUUUGCAAUUGCUGCAUUUAAACAAAAUUAUUGUGUACCCUUGCUUGGUUAUUGUACAGUACAGCAAGGGGCAAUCAAUAAAAACACCUUUACUUUAAUGUAAUACGGGUAAAAUGCUUUUGUUAAUUUGAAUUGUUUUGACCUUUAACAAUGAAUAUGAACCUGCUCUGUGUACAUAACAGUUUCGUUAUACGUGUAUAUAUAUAUAUAUAUAUAUAUAUACUUUUAACCUGUAGUUUUGUGUACUCCCCAGACAAUCUGACUAGAUUUCUGUACUGUUGAGCUGUGUUGGCUAUCCUGUUUUACAGUAUAUCCAGAUCCGGUGUUCAGGUUUACAUGAUGGCUCAAUGUUUGUCAUUAUUUUGUACUUUUUUGAUAACUAAUCUGUCAAAAUGGAUUUGUAAGAAAGUUAUAUUAGAUGAUAAAAGAGUCGAGAUGAAUUGCCAAUACAUAUUAUUCAUUGACAUUUCUGUCUCCAAACCUAAGUAGAAAGCCAAACUCUGGGUAGUAACUGUGAAAUAUGUAUACCAAACCCUUGGUAGUACAUGUAGUUAUGGAUUACCAAACCCCAUGUAUGGAUUGCCAAACCCCUGUAGUAGCUGUGAAUUACAUACCCUGACAAAAGCUGUGAAUACUGAACCCCUGUGGUAGCUGUGAAUUACUUACCCUGACAAAAAGUGUGAAUACUGAACCACUGUAGUAGCUGUGAAUUACUUUCCCUGACAAAAGCUGUGAAUACUGAACCCCUGUGGUAGCUGUGAAUUACUUACCCUGACAAAAAGUGUGAAUACUGAACCACUGUAGUAGCUGUGAAUUACUUUCCCUGACAAAAGCUGUGAAUACUGAACCACUGUACGUAGUAGCUGUUAAUUACUUACCCUGACAAAAACUGUGAAUGCUGAACCACUGUAGUAGCUGUGAAUUACUUCCCCUGCCAAACUGUGAAUACUGAACCACUGUAGUAGCUGUGAAUUACAUACCCUGACAAAAGCUGUCAAUACUGAACCCCUGUAGUAGCUGUGAAUUACUUUCCCUGACAAAAGCUGUGAAUACUGAACCACUGUACGUAGUAGCUGUUAAUUACUUACCCUGACAAAAACUGUGAAUGCUGAACCACUGUAGUAGCUGUGAAUUACUUCCCCUGCCAAACUGUGAAUACUGAACCACUGUAGUAGCUGUUAAUUGCUUUCCCUGACAAAAGCUGUGAAUACUGAACCACUGUAGUAGCUGUUAAUUACUUACCCUGACAAAAACUGUGAAUGCUGAACCACUGUAGUAGCUGUGAAUUACUUCCCCUGACAAACUGUGAAUACUGAACCACUGUAGUAGCUGUUAAUUACUUACCCUGACAAAAACUGUGAAUGCUGAACCACUGUAGUAGCUGUGAAUUACUUCCCCUGACAAACUGUGAAUACUGAACCACUGUAGUAGCUGUUAAUUGCUUUCCCUGACAAAAGCUGUGAAUACUGAACCCCUGUAGUAGCUGUUAAAUACUUACCCUGACAAAAGCUGUGAAUACUGACCCCCUGUAGUAGCUGUUAAUUACUUACCCUGACAAAAACUGUGAAUACUGAACCACGGUAGUAGCUGUGAAUUACUUACCCUGACAAAAGGUGUGAAUACUGAACCACUGUAGUAGCUGUGAAUUACUUUCCCUGACAAAAGCUGUGAAUACUGAACCACUGUACGUAGUAGCUGUUAAUUACUUACCCUGACAAAAGCUGUGAAUACUGAACCCCUGUAGUAGCUGUUAAAUACCAAAUCCUUGGGAGUAGCUAUACAAUACCAAACCCCUUACAAAGAGUGGGGAAUAUCAAACCCCUUACAUAGAGUGGGGAAUACAAAACCCUUGGUAGUAGCUAUACAAUACCAAACCCCUUAUAAAGAGUGGGGAAUACCAAACCCUUGGUAGUAGCUAUACAAUACCAAACCCCUUACAAAAAGUGGGGAAUACCAAACCCUUGGUAGUAGUUUGUGAUUUCCAAACUCCAUGUAGUAGCUGUUGAAUACCAAACCCUUGGUAGUUUUUAUGAUUUACCAUAUAGUACAUUUUAACUUCUAAGUAGCUGUAGAAUACCAAACCCUUGGUAGUUUUUAUGAUUUACCAUAUAGUACAUGUUAACUUCUAAGUAGCUGUAAAAUACCAAAACCCUGUAAUACCAUAUAGAUAUUGAAAUAUAAAAGAGGCAAAGAAAAGGUAUUUUGAAAAAUUGAGUUAAUAGGUCAUUAGGUAAUAAAGCAUUGACUAUCUGGUAAAGAACCAGACUAUCAUUGCUGUCACAGCUGUCACAGCUGUCACAGUUAAUUCAGUCACUUGUUUAGCCCUUCACUGAGACGGUGUCAAUGAUUUUAUAUUCACUUAAGAAUUGUGGAGAAGUCUGGAUGAAGCCAUUGCUAAAUUUAGUAUGUUGUUGAACUUCAGGCUCUUCUAUUACACUCAGGAGAUAUUACAUCAUAGUUUUUAAUUGUAGAUAUCAGUGUAUAAUUGAUGUAUUUGUUGACCUGGAGUUCUCCUUGUGAACUAUACUUGAUGUUUUAUAUAUGAUGUUUUGUCUUCAAUGUUAAUUGCUUGAAGUUCCUACUUAAAUAGUAAGCAGGCCUUUUUUUUGAAAAAUUAAAUGUUUCAGUAUAAGGUGAUUACAAUUUGACAUAAACCUGAGGAAGCAAAAUGCUUUUACUGCUCAUUUGUCUACUAUGUAGAUAUAAAUAUUCUUUUAUGGACAGGUGUUAGGUCAAGGGGAGAUAACUCAUGUCAUAAACUGCUUAUCUUGUGAUGUUUAGAAUAAACUUGUGAGCAUGCCACAAUUUGAUUUGCUUGUGAGCUAUGCGUGUUAACGUUUGAUUUACUUGUGAGAGUGAUACAUUCAGAGAUACUUUUGAGAGUGUUACAUUCAGAGUUACUUGUGAGAAUGUUACUUUUCAGAGGUAACCGUGAGAGUUACAUUCAGCGUUACUUGGGAG